UCCGCCGCCGCCGCCCGUCCGCGUACGUCCGCGUAACGUCCGUGUAGUACCGUUGUUAGUGUUGUGACUGUGGGAAACGUGGAUUUUCUAUGAGUUUUGGAAACGCAUAUCAGCAUUCAAAACAAACCCAUUGCUAGUCCGUAACCAAACAUCCAUGAAAAGUUCAUGAAAUGAAACACUGUAAUUCAACCAACCGGACUUCAAGCACAGUGAACAGAUGAAACAAAAAACCGCUCUCUACACAGUGAACAGCGCAUAGCAUACCCCGCUCUGCAACAGUGAAACAAGUGACAGUGAACGGUUCUGCGCUCUACAGUGAACAGUGAAACAAGUGACAGUGAACAGCUCUCUAGUGAAAUCGGUGACAGUGAACGCGUGAAGUGAACAGUGAAACUGAGAUGACGUGACGACGCCACGAUGUACCGUCCGAACUUCUACGAGAGCACCUGUUUCAGGUGCAACGAGAUCGUGUAUCAGGUGGAUCGAGUUGGUCCGCUGAAGGACUUUACGUUCUUUCAUAGUGGUUGCUUCAAAUGUGCGGUAUGCAGGACGAAGCUGACGUUGAAGACCUACUUCAACAACCAGCACUACACAGAAGACAAGGAGGUGUACUGCUCCUCGCACGUGCCCAAGAUCGGGCCAGGGCACCUCGACAACUCGUCAGUCGGGAUCCGGAGUGCCCUGAACGUUCCACGGAGCAACAACUACGUCAAUGAGCAGAUACGAGGACAUGCGAGGAACAUUGACAAUGAACUAUCCCCAACGCGCGCGACGAACGGCGGCAGCGUACACGCGUCGCCGGCGCGUGAGUUGCGCGACACCCCCGACUACCAAUACGGUCGGUUUGACGCCAGCGCACUGCACAUCGCGCAUGCGCUCAAACAGACGGAGCUGCAAAAGGCGUACCAUCGCCCGAAGGAGAAACCCAUUGACUGCUAUUUGGAUCGAGAUGAACAAACAAAUUUGGAGAUGAAGCACCGCCAAGAAGAAGAUGACUUGUACAGAAAAUUCUCGAAACACCGCGAAGAAGAGAACAGAAGAAUACGAGAUGAAAUACAGGAUGAAUGGGAGCGAGAAUUGGAGAGACUCACGAACAGGUUCCAACAAGAAAUGCAAGUCAAGAAGAGAAGACCGGACGCAGAGAUAGGAGCACUGACGUUACGGCAUCAGCAAGAGAGAGCGGAUCUGGAGAAGAACAUGACGUUGAGAAGGGAUAAGAAGAAGGAGAGCUUGACUAGAAAAAUGUUGGAGCAUGAAAGGGCAGCUACAGCAGCGCUAGUCGAGAAGCAAAGCCACGAGAUGAUGGAGCUGAUCCAAGAACGCCGCUCAGAGUACGCAGCAGCAUCAUCGCUAUACGUGGACGGCGAAGAAGCGCCUCCGUACCCUGCCCGCGCGCCGCCGCCGCAGCCCCCGCUAGUUUCCAAGUUCCACAUCUACACGGAUCCUGUGGAGUUCGCUGAUGUUGACAAGAUCGCUAUUUCGGUAGCACAAGAAGACCAAAAAACCUUCACGGACCUAGUCCGGCAACUCGUCGGCCGCUGCGCCACAGACGUGGAGAAAGCCCGGACUAUCUUCCGCUGGAUUACAGUGAAGAAUCUGAACAACAUACAGUUUGACGACAACCUGAGAGGGGACUCUCCACUCGGUCUGCUCAGGGGCAUCAAGCACGGGACUGAGAGUUACCAUGUGCUGUUUAAAAGACUGUGCAGCUACGCCGGCCUCCACUGCGUAGUAAUCAAGGGCUACAGCAAAUCCGCGGGCUACCAGCCCGGCGUCCGGUUCGAAGACAACCGCUUCCGGAACUCAUGGAAUGCGGUCUUCGUGGCUGGAGCCUGGCGGUUUGUGCAGUGCAACUGGGGAGCGAGGCAUCUGGUUAAUGCGAAGGACGCACCGAAGCCGGGGAAUAGAGGAAAAAGCGAUAGUUUAAGAUACGAAUAUGACGACCAUUACUUCCUAACGGACCCACGGGAGUUCAUCUACGAGUUCUACCCUCUUCAGCCUGACUGGCAGCUACUCAAGACACCCAUAACAUUACACGACUUUGAAGAGUUGCCCUUCGUGCGGUCUCUGUUCUUCCGCUACGGACUGUACUUUAGUGACCCCAACACUAAAGCCGUCAUGUACACAGACUCCACUGGUGCGGCGACUAUGCGCAUAGCCAUGCCGGCACACAUGCAGAGCUCGCUCAUCUUCCACUACAACCUCAAGUUCUACGACACAGAGGGCGACGGCUUCGACGGCGUCAGCCUCAAGAGAUUCGUCAUGCAGUCAGUGGUCGGCAACAUAGUAUCGUUUCGGGUUCACGCGCCGUGCUCUGGUGCCUUCCUACUCGACAUCUUUGCAAACGCUGUCACACCGAGAGAAUACCUCACCGGCGAGCCUAUGAAGUUCAAGAGCGUCUGCAAAUUUAAGAUCUGCUGUGCGGAGUUGCAGACAGUGAUGGUUCCUCUACCAGACUGCGCGAGCGGGGAGUGGGGACCCACGAAAGCUACAAGACUUUUCGGAUUAGUUCCCAUUACCCACCAGGAAGCGCUAGUAUUCGCCGGUCGCGAGCUAGAGCUUCAGUUCCGCAUGUCGCGCCCUCUAGCCGACUUCAUGGCGACACUGCACAAAAAUGGCGUCGACGAGAAACGGCUCAGCAAGUACGUGCAACAAAACGUACAGGACGACGUCGUGUCCUUCUACAUCACGUUCCCGGAAGAAGGCCAAUACGGCUUAGACAUCUACACGCGUGAACGCAACGGACCUACCGCGAUACAUCAAAACGGCUCCGUCGAGAAAGAGAAGCACCUCCUCACACACUGCUGCAAAUACCUCAUAAACAGUAGUAAGCGGAACUAAGCAAUGGAGCCAAGUUCUGUUUUAAUAAGGCACUGGGCCCACCAAAAGCAAGCGAUGAGCUAUCAGCAAUAGAAGAGAAGAAAAGAUAGUCGCUCCCGUGUAAAUAAAAGAGAAAGCGGUUCAUCGUUCGGCAACGAACUAUAACUCGCUCGAGCAAUCGUUUGUUCGAUUUUAUCGAUAACUCAUAGCUCGCUUUUAGUGCGACCAGCGCCUGAGGGUACC